AUGCAUUCAGCUGUUGGCAUCUUGACAGCAAGAGGAAGUAUGACAUCUCAUGCUGCUGUUGUAGCUCGUGGAUGGGGAAAGUGUUGUGUGUCUGGUUGCACCUCUAUUAAAGUAAAUGAUGAUGAAAAGGCUGAAGAAUUAGCUGCAGCUAUGGUAACAAUCAAGGCACAGCCUGCCCAAACUGAUAACGAUGAUGCAAACCUAAAUUCUCAAGCCUCCAACAAUUGUUAUGUUCUGAAAUUUGGCGGUGAUUACCGCGAGAUAUACCAAGCACCAUAG